GUUUCCGUGUGUGAAUGUGUAAGUGUGUAUGACAAAUCGUCAAGUGAGCAGCAGUACAGUAAGUGAAAAAAAAGAAGAAACUAGGUUGUGCCGAAUGAGAAUGAAUCAAUACAGUGUGUGUAACGAAGAAACAACGUAAAAUGCAUAAUAAUAAAUAUGGCGUCGUCCAUUGGGUUAAUUGUCAAAAAGUGACAUUUUCAUUCACAAUACAGCACCAAGCGUUUCAAUAUUAUCUAAUCUGUGUGAAAGACGACAACGACGACGACCACGAAUGAAAACACUCCGUAUUAAUUCUCAUUUUUUUUGUCUUUUUUAUCGAUUCAAUAUAGUCUUUCCUCGAUUUGAUAUUGAGAAUGUAAAUUGAACCAUAGCCUUUUCACUUUGCGUCACACAGUGUCUCUGUUUUUCAUGAGCAAAGUUUCAAUGAUCGAAAUGGAACCAGUGUAACAAAAUUCGCGCUGAACAGUGAACAAGUCAACAUAUAACAAAUUGAGAACGAGAGAAAAGAAACAAAAAAAAGAAAGAAAUAAAACGCACAGUGCGCGACGUGAAUUUUUGCAGAUUUUUUUUUUGCUUUAGUUUUAUUUUUUCUCCCGAAUACGUUCCCGGUUUUGUUUCUUUGUUGUGAACGACAAAAAUAAUUGAAUUGAGUGAAUAAGGGAAAAAGAAUUUUUUUCUCGGAAAAAUGCAAGCAACUAACGAUUCUGAUGAUUCGGAGGAGUAUUUUGAUGCUGAGGACUCUACACCGAACCGACUCAUGAAAAAACGUUCGCCAAAAUCAGAGGAUGAUGGUUUUGCGUUUCCGGAAAUAAAUCUAGAGAAGCCAUCGGAUAAAUGUGAUUUGGAUUCGUUAACAAAACAACAGGGACAAAAAUCAACGGCUACAGUGACCGUGCCACAGCCGCACGUAUUUGCUGAACCAAAACCAUCCGGUAGGCAGCGCUUUCGUGAAUUGCGUCAAUGCAUGCAAAAUGAUGAGGAUGAAAAUCCUGGCAACACUCUGACGCCUGAUUCGCAGAAUAGUUCAGUUGAAGGUGUUUUUGCGCCACAACGAUCAACCCAUCCCUUUAGAAUAAUCGAAAACGAUGCAAUUAGUAUACAAAGUAUGACGUCAUUGGGACGAGUGGGUCGAAUUUUAGCGGGAACGGUUGAUGUAACGAAUUCCACGGCCGAUAAAGAUACGUGCAGCACAAAUGCCUUAACGGUGGAUUGGAAUGCGGCGAGCACAAGCACAGCAACAUCAACAGCAGCAAAUGAUGUGGUCAGCGAUCGAAAGACAAGGUCCACCAUUAGUGGUAGUUGUAAUGUAAACGAUUCGAGUACCAGCAGCAAUGAUAACACCAAUAAUAAUAAUAAUAAUACGAUGACGCUACAAGAACCCGAUGUGAUUGCCAGCACCAAAUUAGCUCAUUCAAAAACGACAGACAGUCUGAUACAAUCAGGACCGAUAGCACCGCCACGAAGAAAGAAAAAAUCGAUAAAAACCAUAUCGAUGAAUUCAGUGGAGCAAGUUAGCUGUACGGAAUCGUCGCCAUCAUCAACGGAAAGUAAGCUGAAAUUAAGUGUUGCCUUACCACCAGCAUCGACCGAAUGCGCUGCAUCUUUGCCAAGCCCCGCAACCAAAGCCAUUGAAACGCUAACGAGAGAAAUUGAAAAUUCAUUCGUUGGAUCAUCUAGUAGUAAUUCACGUACCGAAAUCGGCGGCUCAAUGAGUCGAAUAUGUCAAUCGUUAGGCAAUUCAUCGACAUCGGUGUAUUCAAAACCUAGUCCAUCGAAUAGUUCAAAAAGUAAUUCGGCGCCGGGUAGAGCGAGUUCAAUUGAUCCAACGCAAGGGCUCAAUUUGUAUAAAGCAACGCGGGGACAAUAUGUUGUGAAACCACAAGACGAAGAAGCGAACAAAGCUGAAGGCCCAUCGAAAGAAGAACUCGAACGAAUUGAGAAAAUUCGGGCAGAAAUUUUUGGCACAAAUAUUAAUUUACAGCGUCCUCAUUUAUCGGCAACGGGAUCGAAUAGUUUAGGCAACGGAAUGAGAUAUGGAAAUAAUCUAGCAAAGGCAGCACUAUUAGCAAAAGAACGAAGGAAAUCGGCGGGCGACGAAGAUGUGUUAAAACAAUUAAAUGUGUUUGUCCGAACGCGCACCGAUUCGGGGAAAAAGCUGACGGAUUUCGAGAUUUUAGAGCAAGUGCCAGUCAAAAAUUUAGAUACAGGUGAAAAGAUUCCAUUGUCUGAGGUGAAACCACCACCUCCGCCAGACGGUUGGAAUCCAUUGUCGCUGCACAUACACAAAUUGACCAGCCAUUUGGAGGCGUUGCAGAAGGAAUCGGACGAAGAGAGUGUGAUCGGAGUACCACCCGGUGUUGAGGCGCCCGUUAUGGACGAAGAUGAGGUUGAGAACGAGGAGAGUGGCCGCAUUAAGCGUAAAACCGCUCGGCUGAAACGUUUCUUCGGCUCAACCAUGCGAAAAACCGUCGAUAAAGCCAAAUCAAUUGCAUCGGAAGUGUCACAUGCCCGGCACAAAGAAGAUGUUGCUGAUAUCGUUGAUGUGGUCAACCCUGAACAGAAUAUCAAAAUAAAAGCCUCCAGUACGAACAAAGGACCGUAUGAAUUUGCAAAAUUGCAACACGUUCAAGAUUUGUCCGGCGAACACACUGGCGCUGUUUGGUGCAUGAAAUUUAGUUCAUGCGGGCAAUUACUCGCCACAGCCGGUCAAGAUCGUGUGCUUCGCAUUUGGGUAUUGAAAGCGGCCUAUGGAUAUUUUCAAGAUAUGCGCACGAAAUAUAAUGCCGAUCAAAAGUCAUCACCAACACCAUCACAAGAAUCGCUUGUCUCGCAUAAUUCAGCCGAGGAGGCAAUCGCAAUGGCCACGGCGGCUGAACAAAGCGCUGGACCAUUCAUGCCAAAGGCAUUUUGCUCGUAUACGGGUCACACUUCAGAUCUUCUUGAUGUUUCAUGGUCAAAGAAUUACUUUAUCUUGUCGAGUUCGAUGGAUAAAACGGUGCGACUGUGGCACAUUUCAAGACGAGAAUGUCUUUGUUGUUUCCAGCACAUUGAUUUCGUAACGGCCAUUGCGUUCCAUCCACGUGACGAUCGAUACUUUUUGAGUGGCAGUCUCGAUGGUAAACUUCGUCUAUGGAAUAUCCCCGAUAAAAAAGUUGCCCUGUGGAAUGAAUUAGAUGGUCAAACCAAAUUAAUAACCGCCGCAAAUUUCUGCCAGAACGGAAAAUUUGCCGUAGUUGGAUCGUACGAUGGUCGUUGCCUGUUUUACGAUACCGAUCAGAAUUUAAAAUAUCACACACAAAUUCAUGUGCGAUCAACGCGAGGCCGAAACAAAACCGGACGCAAAAUCAGUGGCAUCGAACCAAUGCCUGGCGAAGAUAAAAUUCUAGUUACAUCAAAUGACAGCCGUGUUCGAUUGUACGAUUUACGAGAUUUGAAUUUGAGCUGUAAAUACAAAGGCUACUUGAAUACAUCGUCGCAAAUAAAAGCAUCGUUCAGCCACGAUGGCAAAUACAUCAUUGCCGGUUCGGAGAAUCAAUGUAUUUAUGUGUGGAAAACGAAUCACGACUACAAAUUGAGUUCGGUGCGGAGAGACCGAAGUGAUUUCUGGGAGGGAAUUAAGGCACACAAUGCCACCGUAACAUGUGCAAUAUUUACGCCACAUCCCGAGACAAUCAUUAAACCAGAAAUCGACGAUGAUGAUAUUUCUAGUGUAAAUAGCUCAAGCAUAGCGCAGGAUCCGAUGGUUGAGCAACGUAAAAAAGGUUGUGGUUAUGUUUUGAUUAGUGCCGAUUUCAAUGGGGCCAUCAAAGUAUUUGUGAAUAAAACGAAGCCGAAACACAGCAGUUUGCCAUACACGGCAAUUUUGGACUAAGCCAUGCAAAUCAUUCACAUUUUCUCUCUCUCACAAACAUACACACAUACACUCAGAUUAUCUGUUCUAUUUCUUUUUUGACUAGAUCUCCCAUGAAUUUUUCUCUAUUAUUCCGUCUCUUUUUUGUUUUUCUUUUGCUUCUUUUAUUCUCAUUAUACGCGCCUUCCGCGAAGAAUUGCCCAUGCAGUGAAUUGACCGUUCCUUGUUUAAUUGCAUAUUAGUAUUAUUAAUUCAUUUUAUUGUAAUUAUAUAGUUAUUUGUAUAAUUUUAUUUUGCUCUAAAUUAUUCAUUGUAUUUUGGUAUGAAGUGUGGUUGUAAACAAAUUUCACGGAAUACAAACAACUAAAUACACAAAAUGAUAAGGUUGAUACGAGCCAAAAAGAAAAAAAAAAUUAUGUGAAAAUAAAUGAUGGAAAUGCAGACGAGUCAUAAACAAUUGUUUACAAAAUGAAAAGUAACUCAUAAUAGCGCAAAAAUUACGUUGUUAGAAAAUCAUUAACGGUUAGAAUUUGUAUAUCGUCGUUGGUAAAUGCCAUUGCACAAUUUCGAUUAUAAAAUGAUAUUGUAACUAAAUCCUUCGACGUUAGUUGAAUAAAGCCAUUUUUUGAUAACUUA